AUGAAGUUAUGGUAAUAAUGUGGUUUGGUUCUGAUGGGAGUGUUUCCAGUGUUUCAGUUAAAGCCCAGGUGACUAACUCUGUGUUUGCCUUCUAUUUUGCUUUUCUUCCAGAAAUUGCCUCCAACUGCCAUGAGCUGUUCCUGAGCGGCGUGACCUCCAGUGGGGUGUACAUUAUCCAGCCGCACGGCGGCCUGGCCUUCAACGUCUACUGUGAGAUGACCGCUGAAGGUGGCUGGACGGUGAUCCAGAAGCGCCACGACGGCUCCGUGGACUUUGACCAGUUGUGGCAGGCCUACCAGAAGGGCUUUGGAAGUCUGAAUGGAGAAUUCUGGCUGGGAUUGGAAAAUAUCCACUUGAUGACCAAAGACGGCGACCACCUCCUGAAGGUCCGGUUCUCGGACUGGAAGGACGAGCCUGAGUCCGUGGCCAUGCCCUUCAGCGUGGGUGGUGAGGACACCAAGUACGCCCUCCACAUCCAGCCGUCGGACACCAUGGGCAGCCUGGAGAGCAGCCUGGCCACCGACACCACCGCCGGCCUGCCCUUCUCCACCCGCGACCAAGACCACGACCUCAAGAGUGACACCAACUGUGCAAAACACCUCUCUGGCGGCUGGUGGUUCAGUAACUGCGGCCACUCCAACCUGAACGGACGGUACUUCCACAGCCCUCCUCCCAAGCAGCGGCACCAGAGGAAGCAGGGGAUCUUCUGGAAGACCUGGAGGGGGCGCUACUACCCCCUGAAGGCCACCACCAUGAUGGUGGCCCCCGCUGAGAUCAACAACAGGGCGUAGAAGAUCAGAACUGUAAAAAAAAGAGAAAAACAAUGUAUAGGGAAGUGCAAGAUUCUUCCUCUGUUCCCGCCGGCUGCUUCCUGGGUCGGAGGUCCGCCGGAACCUGUCUGGUUCUGACCGGUUUGAGAGAGACUUUUUACAACAAAGCGACGCCAAACGAAAUUGAACGAUAUCAGCGUAUUGGCCCUGCGUUUGUUUCAGCAUCGCCAUGUUUCCCUGAAAAGCUACGACAGACCUUUCGGUAUUCGUAGAAGGCCGUUGAACGAUGACGGAAACGUGCUAGAACAUACCGACACAAGCGCUGAGAGCCCUGGUGGUGUCGGGAGGAUUCGCCGCUUCACGCCACAGGGCAUGGCAUGUGAGCGUUCUGGGCGGUGAGGCCGAGGGCAGGCCAUUGCUUAAAGAAGCUGAAUUUGUACACGAGGCGUCUGACAGCAGGUCCGGGCGUGCGUAUGGUAUGGUGGGCCUCAUUUUUAGACGAGUUGAGACCCAUUGGCCAACAUAUAAGUGUCUUAAGAUGUCUUGUUAGGUUAAAUGUCUUUCCAGCAGGUCAGAGAGCACCUACUGUUCAAAUAUGCUGGGUGAACUGUUUGAAAUUCAUACAAGAGUCAGAGAGACCAAACCAGGCCGAUUGAAAAGCCCUUUGACGUCCAUUGGUACGGACCAAAUGGCGGCUAUCCUACAAUGACUGCUGACCAUACGACCAUAAGUAACCCCGCGUUUACCAUGAAUAUAUAGACCACUGUGAUCCGGGAGCACAGUAUUUCAAUCGAGUGGUUUCACACAGCGGCCACUGCUGAAGAACAUUCCAGUCUUUGUACACAAUAACUUAGUUGCCUGUUGAAACAAUGUUGAAGUGUUUACUCCAACAGAGUUAUUUUACUUUCCAUUGGAGAUUUUUGGGAAACAUUUUUAAGUCAUAUUGACUGUGUUUAUAAGAGUUACUGUUUGUACAUAAUAUAUGAAAGAACGUCUUCUAUCCUCUAUGAACUUCUAUUACAAGUGUUUCUGUGACUUGUGAGAAUGUGUUAUAGUUGUGUCACUGUUCUCUAUUUAUAUACCUUUAAAAAUCAUGAUGUAUUUUUUCUGGUGCUGCCUCUUUGUAAUUUAUUUUGUCUUUCAUUUCCUUAUGUAAAGUUUUUUAAACAGAUAUCAGAUUUAUGGCCAAAAAGAAGCCAAUAAAAAUGAUUUAAAAGAAGUACUGCUGCUGGUGGAUUAUUCAAUGAAGGUUGUUGAGCUAAAUUGAGAUCUCUGUGGGAAGUCUGUUCCGACUUGGAAAAGACAGUACAUUAUUAUACAGGGCAUUAUUUUACAGUAAAACAAUACAUAGUUCAAAUAAGCAAUAAUUGCCAUUCCAUAACACUUCACAGUCCCACAUAGAUGUUAAUCACAACCUACUCAAAACCCACACAUUCAAAUGUACUUGAGUCCCGUUCCCCAGGCCUGCCAGGUCGAGUGAGACGGAUGGAUCCGGACCUCCAUGCCUCCAGCCCCUCAU